GAGUGCCGGACUGUCAACACAAACAUCACUUCAUUCGUUCAACUCUUCACUCCAAUUGUGUCCAAAUAGUGAGUCCAUUGAAGCGAUGUCUCUGUCACUGAUCCGCAGAUUGACCGCCAAUUUAGUCCGAUUUGAGAGCCAAAGGGUGUGUUAUGGGAGUCGUGUGUGGAGUGGCCGUCAAGUGAUCCCUAUCUGGAGAAUGAGUUCCUUUGCGUUCAGUUCAGUCAAUGACUUGAAGGUAGAGCACAACCAUCUCAACAGACAGUUCUUCAUACAGAUGGGCAAAGACAAAGCAGUCCUCGACUACAAGGAGAUUAAAGGAGGAGUUCUCGAACUACAUCACACCGAAGUGCCUAAAACGCUGAGAGGCAAAGGAAUCGGCGCAAUACUGGCCAAG